UGUGGCCACUCGUCCUGCCGUCAGUGUGUGGUGCGAGGUUUGCAAGAUGAAGUACUGCAGUACUCGCGGUGGGGUCCAUGGAUGGGACUUCCGGGAUGUGCUGUUUUCAGGUUAUGCGCCAGAUGGAGGGAUGUUCAUGCCAGAGAGUUUGCCUGUGCUCAGCUCAGACACCCUAAGGUGCUGGAAGGGGCUGCCUUACACCAAACUGGUGGUGGAGGUCGCCUCACUGUUCAUUCCUACUCAGUUGAUCCCCAGAGAUGACCUGGAAGUCCUGGUGGCUGAAGCCCUGUCUAGUUUCUCUGUGUCUGAGGUUGUCAGAAUCGCCCGGCUGAAAGAGGGCUUGUCUGUCCUGGAGCUCUUCCAUGGAGAGACCUUGGCCUUUAAGGACUUAGCUAUGACCUGCACUGUGCGCUUCCUUGACUACUUUCUUCGAAAAGAGAAUCGCAGAGCGAUGGUUCUUGUAGGUACAUCAGGGGACACUGGUGGCUCAGCCAUCCAGAGCUCCAAAGGUCUCCCUGGGCUGGAUGUGGUGGUGGUUUACCCCCGAGGAUGCAUCACUCCAGUGCAAGAGAGACACAUGAUCUCCUGCCUGCAGGAUAAUGUCCAUGUGUUUGCAGCGGACGGCAGCUCAGAUGACAUAGACCAGCCUCUGCGCCGUCUGUUUGCGGACCAGGACCUGGUGAAGUCUCAGGGCCUCAUGAGCCUCAACUCGGUCAACUUCUCCAGAGUCAUGAUACAGCUUGCCCACUUCAUCUAUGCUUACCUGGAGCUCAGUGGAAUGGAGCAGGUCGACACUGGCGCAGCCCUGCCUGAGCUGGAGGUGGUGGUUCCCACUGGAGGGGCUGGAAACAUAGCAGCUGGCUACAUCGUAAAGCAGAUGGGCUUGCCCCUGAAACUGGUUGCCAUGGUGAAUUCUAAUGACAUAGUGCACAGGACAGUAACCACCGGGGACUUUUCCAUGGCAACUAACGUCACGCAAACUUUGGCCCCUGCUAUAGACAUCCAGGACCCGUACAACAUGGAGCGAGUGUUUUGGUUGCUGCUUGGCAGAAACGGACCGUCAGUGAAAAUCAUGAUGGAGGAAUUUCAACAUUUACAUAAGCACUCUCUGCCUGAAAACCACCGCAAACUGCUGUCACAGGUUUUGCUGACUGGCACAGUGAAUGAUGAAGGGAUCCUGGAGACCAUGAGGAGAUGCUGGGGGGAAAACCAGUAUGUGCUGUGUCCUCACACAGCUGUGGCUGUAUGGCACCACUACCACUGUCCUCACAGCACCGGGAUCAACAGGUGUUAUGUUGCAACAGCAUCUCCAGCCAAGUUUCAGGCAGCAGUGGAGAGGGCAGGUCUGACUUUUGACCUGCCUGAAGCAGUACUGGCCUUGGAAAAGCUGCCAACUCGUUACCAGAACCUGGAGCGGAGCCAUAACUGGUGCAAAGACUGGGAGGACAGACUGAGAGAGUUCAUUCAGUCUGUGGGUAUAGUCAGGAAGAACAGAGGGACUUAUUACACCUGAACGUUCAGAAAUACUGUCUGGACAUCAAACAGCUGAAUGUGUGGAAGCUCAGGUGACUCUUGCAGCCUUUCAUGGAUCUAUGCAUUUCAUUUUCUGGAUUGAGUUAGUGAUAUUAAUUUUUAAGGCCUCUUGUUGUGUCUUUGAUGGACUUUUGUGCAUAAUAUCACAUGACUUGUCUUUGUAUUUGUAUGGUAAGUGUCACAAACCCCAAACCAAUUAAAUUGCUCAGUCUUUCUUCCACAAUUUUAACACAAAUGUAAAGAUGAACUAAAGAAAAAAAAAUUAAGCAGUUUCUUAUAAGUUUGACUGUCUUAAGUGUUUAUUAUUGGUUGCCAUGUAACAUUCAGGAGAACAGCUGAUGUUCCAUCACAUGUUAUCAGCUACAAGUAACAAAGACAGACUGUCUCUACAGCCUUUGUUACAUAGAAACUCUUACUGAAACACUAAAUGGAUGUUUGUUUUGGAACCAGCCCUAGCUUGUUGCACUUCUGCUUAUACUGCUUAUAUGCUGUGAAUAUAGCCUACUAUGUUUAAAUGCCAGUUAAACCUAAUUAUUCAAUUAUAACCAAAAAAAGCAAGCAAAUGUAAGUUUCUACAAAGAUCGGCCCACUUUCACACUGAAUUUAAAUAAAGCCUGGAUGAACUUUAGGGAGGGCAAGGAGAGACCAAGUGUAAAUACAAAAUAAAUAUAUUGAGAAAUUACACAUUUUCAAAUAAAA